AUGUCACAAUUGGAAGAAUCACAUAGUUUAAUACAAAAUAUAUCACCAACCACGAGUAACGAUUUAUUCAAAUUAGAAAAUGAAUCUGUCGAUCUAUUACUUAAAGAAAUAAAUUUUGAUCCAGAGAAUUUAAAUAAUGAAGUCAAUUCUACUACACAUACUAAAAAUCAGCCAAGUUUAUCUUUGUCAAUAAAUAAUUCACCUACUAAACCUUUGAAAUUUCCAAAUAAUCAACAAAAAUCAACAGAUCCAAAUUCAAGUUCAGAUACUUAUGCAAGUGAAGAUCAACAAAUAAAAACUGUAGAUAAUUUGAAAUCAUCAUUUGAUAGAAAUUUUGAUAUUGAUACAUCAAUGGAUUUAGGUAAAACAAUUUCAAUUCCAGAUGAAUUACAGUUUAAUAAUAAUAAUAAUAAAAGUAAAGGUUCACCUGUUGAUGAAUUUUCAUUUCAAACUCCAAUGACUUCAGCUAUAGAUUUAACUAACAAAAAUCAAAAAGAUCAACAACAAACAAAUUCAAUAAAGGCAUCACCUAGCAAAUCAAUUUUACGAAAAACACCAAGCUCAUCACCAAAAAAAGUUGCAUUCACAUCUACAAAUCCUGAGAUUCAUCAUUACCCUGAAGCAGAAUUUAAUCUCGAAGAAUCAAAUAUACAACAAGAAAUUCCAAAUUUGUCAUUACAAAUACCAAUCCAUCAUCAAUGGUCUCAGCCUCAUUAUAGUCAUUCUGAAGAAGAAAGUAUGGCAUCACCUCCACCUCCACCUCCUCCACAUACAAGUCAACCAACUUAUGCUGAACUUUUAAAACAUGAUCAAGAACGUGAUGAUUUAGAUACAGAAACAUUAACUGAUUUAAAAUUGAGACAUGACAAUUUCAGUAAUUUAUCACUAAAUGAAAAAAUGAAUAAUUAUUUAACAAAAGGUCAACUAUCCUCGAGAAUGAAUGAUCGAGAAUUGGAUACUCAUUUAAUUGAAUUAGAAAAAGCAUCAAAAUAUAAAACAAAUAAUAAUAUUCAUGAUUUAUCUUUGUCACUACAGACUUCAAAUUAUAAUAUUGAAAAUCCAUUAGAUUCUUUACAAAAAUCUCCAGAUGUUCAAUUGAGAUCCUCUGGUUCAUCACAAUCUUCAUUACAAUCAUUGAGAGAUACAAAUCGUGGAUUAAACUCAAUACCUGGUUCCCCAACUAAAGCAAAUAGAGGAUUGGAAUUAAGAGAUGGUAUAAAAGGAUUGCCAGAUUCUGUUGUUGAAGCCUUAUUACCACAAGAUGAAUCUGAAGAAGGUAUUGUAUUGAGACCAUCAUUAAAUAAUAGUAAGCUGCUAGUUGCACAACAAAUGAUAUCCGAUGAUAAUAUGGAUUCAUUCGAUAGAUCUUUCAGUCAUACUGAGCAAUCAAUAUUAAACUUAUUGAAUAGUGCUACUACUCCUCAAGCAACAAAACUCAAUUCACCUGGAGAAAAACAAAUAGACAUUAAAAAAGAGACAGAAGAUGAAACCCCUGUUGAAAACAAUAAGGAGAACACUCCGGAAGUUAAAGUUGUAGUUAAAACAGAAUCGAAUGGAUCAUUACGUCAAAUUAUCUCAAGUGAACCAGUUGAACCAGAGUCAUUACAGAGAAGCUCACAAUUCUCCAGUCAAUUAUUCAAAUCAGAAAAUGAUGUUCAUGUAUCAGCAUUCACCGGUCUUACUCCAGAAGAAGAACUUAGACAAUUAAAGUCGGAAAACAAUGAAGAUUUACAACAAAAUAAUUCAAGGGAAAUGGAUGAAGAUUCAAGUCAACAACAAGAUGAUACUAGAAUGUCAAUAAGAUUUCAUAUGGAUAGUGAUUGGAAAUUCGAAGACAGUAAUGAUGGAGACAGAGAGGAUAAUGAUGAAGUAAGUAAAGUACUUGAUAAAUCAGAUGUUAUGAAAGAAUCAAUAAACUCCUCACAAGAUGAUGAUUAUGCAGAUGCAUCGAAUGAAAUAAGUCAGCAUGUGGAAGAAGAUGUUGUAACUUUAGCACCACCAAAAACUCAAGAAAUUGUCUUACAGCUGAAGGAAGAUUCCGAGGCAUUAGCCAACUCUUCGAAUAUUGCUGAGCCACAUGAAGAUAUUACAUUACCACAAGUUGAAGUAAACAAUUAUUCAUCAUUUGAUGAAGUCACUAAGAACAUGGAUACUAUAUCAAGUUUUGAGCAAUCAUUAUCUGCAGAAAACGACAUAGAUAAAAAUAAAAUGGAGAAUUUUAUUUCAAUUUGGCAUAGUCAAGAAAAACAAAAGAAGAAACAAAUUCAUAAGGUCCCAACUAAACAAUUGAUAGCAGCAUAUCAAGAUGAAGUCAAUCAUCGUAAAAAUUCAGUAUCAACAAAUCAAACCAAGAUACCACAAUCUAUAAAUCAAAAGAAAUUUAAAGAAGUUCAUGUUAUGUCAAGAAGAAUAGUUAGUCCUGAUUUUGAUGAUUUACAUUUAUCUGGAUUUUUACCUGAGAUAUCAAGAGAUUCAGCUUUUAACGAUUUACAAUUUCCAAAUUAUUCACAAUCUCAUAGAUAUUUAAGUUCAAAUUCAUUAAAUAAUCAAAAUGUUUUAUCUAAUAUUGAUAAUAAUCCAAAAAUAAUUGAACCACCACAACCUAAAACAUAUAGUGAAAUACGACAUUCUAAAAGAUUGAGUUCAUCCCAACAACUUAUAGAUCAAGAAGCUCAGGGAGGUGCAAGGGCAAAUACAAAUGCUAAAAAAUCUAGAUUUAGAGUACCAACUUUUGAAAUUAAACGUUCUUCAUCGAUAUUAUCACCAAGAAAUAUGUACGAUGAUAUUUUCGAUGAUGUUAUAGGGAAAAAACCACCAACAAUAAGAGCAGAGGGUAUGAGAACAUUACCAAGUAUGGAUAAAGAUGAUGUUAAACGUAUUUUAUCAACAAGGAAAGGAAUGACUCAAGAUGAAUAUAUUAGUGCAAAAUUUAUUGAACAAAAAUCAAAGAAAAACUCUAUAGUUACAGAAGCUGAAGAUUUAUAUGAUAAAAUUCAGCAAACAGCAUCAAUACAUGAUGCUAAUAUUGAUUCUCCAAAAUCUCGUCAAGUUUCAACUGGUAUUGGUGCUGAUGUUUUACCUUAUUUAGCUGAUGAAUUAAGAAAAUCUCCAAGAACAUUAUUAUCUAAAAACCAACCUUUCCAAAAUGACGAAGUAUUAUCAAGAGCUAAUUCUGUUAUAAUUCAUUCAAAUUUAAAUAAUACUUUACCUGAACCUGAUUUUGCUUUAGAUUUUUCACCAGAAAAUGUUCAACAAGAACAAUCUCCUGAAAUUGAUGAAAUGGAAACGUCGCUAAAUGCUAAAGAUCAAUUGCUUGUAUUUGAUAAUGUGUCACCAAAAGCUGAACAACAAAUUGACCCAGCUCUUCCAAGCACUCCAGUUCAAGAACACAAAGUUACCUUGCCAUUAUCAAAACAAAAUUCACCAACUAAAAGAAGUCCAAUUAAGAUAGGAUCACCUGUAAGAUUAAUUAGAAAAGAUGGUUCAAUAACGGGAAUUGAAUCUCCAAGAAGAGGUGACGAAGAUCAUAUUUAUCAUAAGCCAAAACCUUCUUUCACUGGUGAAGAAAUUUUUAAUCACAAGCUUAGAGAUGUACCUCAGCAAAAUACAAAUUUAGAAGAGUCAAAUCAGCAUAUACCAAGUACAGUUUCUGUUCCAUCAGAAUACUCUGAAUCGAAACAAGAACCAGGUUUACAACAUCAACACCAUGAUCGUCAUAGAUCAGAUCCAAAAGUUAUAGAUGAUGAAAUACCAGAUACUCAAUUACAAGAAAGUGGGAAAUUAUUUUUUAGAGUUGUUGGAUUGAAAAACAUCAAUUUACCAGAUAUGAGAACUCAAAAGGGAAAAUUCUCAAUAACUUUAGAUAAUGGUGUUCAUUGUGUUAAAACUCCAGAAUAUGAAUUGAAUUCAAAUGCUAUUCCAAUUAGUAAAGAAUUUGAAUUAACCGUUGUAAAUUCAUUACAAUUUAUAUUAACUAUGAAAUGUCAUUAUCAAAAACCAAGAGGUACAUUAGUUGAAGUACGUGAAAGAAAAGUUGUGAAAUCAAAAAACAAAUUUGCAAGAUUAUUUGGUUCAAAAGAUAUUAUCACAACAACAAAAUAUGUGCCAAGUGAAGUUAAAGACAAUUGGGCUAAUAAAUUUGCAAUUGAUGGAUCUUUUGCAAGAUGUUAUAUAGAUUUUGCACAAUUUGAACAACAAAUUACUGGGAAAGUUGCAAGAUUUGAUUUAAAUUGUUUUAAUGAAUGGGAAAUCACGACCAACAAAACAAAAUUAAAACCUUAUAAGAUUGCAGAAUUGGAAGUUGAGAUGUUAUAUAUUCCAAAGACAGAAGCACAUGAAAUAUUGCCAACAAGUAUAAAGAGUGCUUAUUCAUCAUUACAAGAAUUGAAUAAUGAGAUGUCAACAUAUAAUGAAGGUUAUUUACAUCAAGAAGGUGGAGAUUGUGAUCAUUGGAAAAAAAGGUGGUUUAAAUUAUAUGCAACUUCAUUAAUUGCUCAUAGUGAAUUUUCACAUAAAACAAGAGCUAAAAUUAAUUUGAAUAAAAUUGUUGAUGUUCAAUAUAUUGAUAAGGAAAACAUACAAACUUCUCAUCAUCAACAGCAACAACCGCAGCAAAAUAAUAAAGGAAUUUUGAAACAAAACAAUACAAAUGGUGGUAAUACUAGAAAUUUCAGUGAUAUUUUAUUAGUUGAACAUUCAUUCAAGAUUAAAUUUCAAAAUGGUGAAAUUAUAAUUUUUGGAGCUCCGAAUUAUAAAGAAAUGAAAAAAUGGAUUGAAAUAUUGGAAAAUAUAGUUUAUAGAAAUAAAUUUAGACGUCAACCUUGGGUUAAUUUAAUGAUGAAAGAACAAUUGGCUGCUCAACAACAACAACAACAAUGA